AUGUUUAUAAAUAAGUUUCGGCUCGCCAUAGGGGCUGCGACAUGCAGUCCAUUGAAAAAUAAUAUUAAUAAAUUUUCAGUAAACACCGUAUCACGCCACAAAGCGGCGUAUGAUGGUGAUGGUAAAACAACAGUACGUAUUAUCAAUCAAGAUCCAAAUAUUGGGCUCAUCAUAGAUUCGUACGGAACGUUUGGAUUUCGUCUGAACAAUGGUCUCACUGUGGUAGGCCCAAUGGCAAUAUUUCCCCGAACUGUCCUAUCAUGGCAGGUGCAUAACUCAGAUGAAAUUACAGCAGAAUCACUAACAUUAUUCAAACUACUCGAGCCAAAAAUCGAUUUACUGGUAAUAGGCUUAGAGUCCAGUGAACGGAAAGUUCUAAACUCAGUGUUUAAAGCAAGUCGAGAAGUUAAGUUAAACGUAGAAAUACUACCAACUGAGCAUGCUUGUUCCACAUUUAAUUUCCUUAACUCAGAGGGCAGGUCGGUAGCCGCAGCAUUGAUUCCACCUCUUCAUAUUAAUAUAAAUGAAGAUGAUAUGCUUGCAAGCCAACUGCAUUACAGCAAAUUGUAUAACAGACAGGAGGAAUUAUAA